AUGGAGAACCAAGAUGGGGCAUGUGUUGUUAUCGACUUGAUAGAAAACGCCAUGCCACCACCUUCGUCAUCCGCACGAAUCCGCAGAGUCCCGGAGAUUUUGUUGAGAGAGGAGGGCGAUUACGAGAAGUACUAUGUUCCAAAGGUCGUUUCCAUCGGUCCAUACCAUUAUGGCAACCCGAAGCUCGAGUCAGUCGAGAAACUCAAGCCUGUUUUUACCAAGCAACUCCUCUCACGAUUGGAGUAUAAGGUGGGCCUUAGCAACUUGUAUAAAAAGCUUGGGGAAGCGAACGUGGUGAAAGAGUUAAGAGGGUUCUAUGAGGAAGAAUCAACAGACCAUCUCAAUGAUGAGGAAUUCACUACGAUGAUGUUGCUGGACGGAUGUUUUAUUUUGUAUUAUAUCCGAUUUAUCUACGGGGAGAGAGCUGAAAAUUGUAGCUACUUGAGAAGCCACCAGACUGUGUUAAUCAACCAAGACUUGUUCUCGCUGGAAAACCAAAUUCCCUUCAAAGUUCUAAACGAGGUGAUGGAUUUGAUAAAACUUGAUAGGCUUGACAAGUUUCAAUCCUUCUUCGUUGACAACAUUUUGUCUCCGCGGAUGCAGAAAAGAGUUUGGUUCCAGUUUUUUAAUUUAGGAAGUCGUUCGACCCAAACUGAUCAAAAUUCUGCACCAGAAUCACACGGGAGCUACAUAUUCAUAGGUGAUCAUCUGCUCCAUCGUCUGCAUACUGGGCUAAAGGGGAUAAGUGCCCAGAAUGAAUCCCACACGAUUGUUCAUUCCAACCGUAAUGAUGAAAUAAGCACCAGAUGUACUUUUCGUAACGUUAGCGAGCUUGUAGAUGUCGGGAUCCAUUUCAAGCCGAGUAGCCGAAUGUCUUUGGAUACUGUGGAGUUCGUUGAACUGUGGUGGUGGUGGUUUUCAGCAUAUUUAAAACUUCCUCCGAUAACCGUGGAUGACUCCACCAAGCUCAUGGUGUUAAACUUAAUAGCCUAUGAAAUGUGUUCAGAUGACGCACAUGCAUGGGUUACCUCCUACAUAUGCCUCCUCGAUUCUCUCAUCGAUCACCCUGAGGAUGUUAAGGCUCUUCGAAAUGCUGGGGUCCUUGAUAACUCCCUUGGAAGUGACCAAGAAGUUGCAACACUCUUCAACGAAAUAGCCAACGGUCGCGGUUUGGUGCCCAACAAUAUAGCAUAUUCCAAAGUCAUGUACCAAAUCCAAAAACAUUAUGAAGACUUGAGGAACACAUGGUGUUCACAACUCAAGCACGAGUACAUCAAGAGCCCAUGGUCGUUUCUAGCUCUAGUAGGAGCUGUGAUGGCUCUUUUUCUUAGUGCUGUUCAAACUUACUACACUGUCUGGAGUCCCAAAGGCGAGUGA